AUGCUGCGGCUGCAAAGUGCUGCUCGGGCUUCCCUGUGCCUCUGCGGCCGGCAAACGCAAAAGCUGAGUAGUGUCCUUUGGUCGAGGCCUUUCAGCGUCAGCAAUGAGUCGGACGUGUCGAUGCAGCAAAAGGUCCUUUUCACGGCGAAGAAGCCAGAAAAACCGGCCGAAGACACGAAGAAGGCCAUCAGACAUGCCACAAUGCUGAUGGCUGGCGGCAUGGGCUCAGCAUUCAUGGGAAUGGCACCAUUCGCCAGUCCCAAUUUCUUCAUGAUAGGUUUACUGGCGGCCAUGGUCCAAGUGCACUUCGGCUAUGGGUACAUGCAGCGGAUAUACUGGACACAGAGGAGGCGAUACGUUCUGAAGAUGGAGAGAACGGAGGAUGCCAGUGGUGUCGUCACAGUCACGGUGAACUGCGAUGCCGGCGUCACACGAAAAUUGAAGCUGACCGAUGAGGCCCCGCCUGGCUCAGAACCUUCUUUGAAGGAUAUCAUAGAGAAGGGCGGCACCUUCAUGUUCAUAGACAAGAAGGCAGGCGAAAUCCACGAUCCAGAGAUGCUGGACACACUCCUCCAGUCUGACCGCGGCAUUCGAGAGGAAGAGGUGACAGCAGAGCCUGUGAUGGAGGAGACGAAGGAGCAGUCGCUCAGGAUCGUCCAGCAGUUCAAGGACUUAACUCGAGAGCACCUUGACAAGAUCCCGGAGCAGGACAACAAGUCUUCACCACAGGAGGGCCUGCGCCAGCUGGAGAGGACGGCGCAAAUUGUCGGUUCUGGCUGCAUGGUCGGUGGGCUGCUGAUCUGGGCGCUGGGCGAUUGGAGUGCGCAAGCUGCCAUCCGAGCGGCUUCAGAAAACUACAAACCUCAAGCAACGUUGUCACCAGAGGGGUCGGAUCCUCCACAGAUGCACGGUCAAAACAACACGCGCGUGUACAAACGCCUCUCUUGGAGUCGCAACUUCAUAGUCCCACUGUUGGAAUUUAUGCACUUUGACAGCGUUAUGAAGAUGUGGCUCCGGAGAGAGAUAGAGCGAGAGCGGGAGAAGGUGUGUGAUCAGCCUCUGAAAGAAACGGGGCAUUGGAUUGGCACGUCAGUGAGAAAAGGCGCGGCUUCCAAUUCCGCGAACUGGGCUCCGGCCUUGGGUGUUGCGGCUGCUGCGACGGCGGUGGCCGCCAACCGGCGCCAAAGCAGGCUUGGCCGCCGAGCAGUUGGUGAGCGAAGUGAGGCUGCCCGCCAGCCGAAGACUAGCAGGUCCGCAGUCACUGAGAAGCUGGUGACAAGUAUCGAUCCUUCCGCAGGCCCACAGGGCACGUAUCAGGUGGGCAUCGACUUCAAGAACUGGCUGCAGUCUGCUGAGGAGGAGCUGGAGGUGGAUGGUCUGCGUGUCGAGGGCCAUAUCCCCGCGUGGCUCCGCGGUCACUUGGUGCACGCAGGGCCAGCGAAAUUCGAGUUCGGAGACGAUGAGUUCGUGGACUGGGUUGAUGGGCAGGCCAUGCUGUACCGCCUGAAGAUUGGCGGCGACGGCGAUUGCCAGUACAAAAACAGGUGGUUGGACACCUGGAACCAUCGCAUGCAUCGCGAGGCCGGCCGCAUUGCCGUCCGGGAGACCUGCUCCAGGCCAUCUCUCAAGAACUUCUGGGAGCGCUUCAUGUACCUCUUUAGCCCUCCCAACAACGAGAACGGCAACCUCCACAUCUCCCAGAUCGCCGGCUCGCGGUGUGUUUCCAUGUCCGUUGGAUCGGCCUGCCUGGAAUUCGAGUUGGACAAUAUGAACACGCUGGGCAAGGUGCCCUUUGAUGAUGAGUUGGUGGAGGGAGGCCCUCUGAUCUUCCAUGCAGAGCCUCAUGUCGACAAGGACACAGGUGAGUGGGUGACAUGUGCGAUCCAGCUCCGCAUCAGCCCUGAGGACAUGGGCCUCAAGCCGGAGUAUGUCGUCUUCUCCGUGAUGCCGGAUACCUCGAAGACUCCUGGGGCACCGGUUCAGCGCCGCCUGAUUCGUCGAAUCUCCACGGAGUAUCCGUCCCCUGUCCACACCAUCGCCCUGACGAAGAAGUACAUCGUCAUGAUCCAGAUUCCAUACCCGUUGAACUGGGACGGCAUGCUCAAUGCGGAGGCGAGAUGGUUGAUGAAUGGUGUCUACGAAGGCAAUCUCAACGACUACAACACUUGGCAACCAGAGCGCCCGACGACUAUCCGCAUCAUCAACCGCAUCACCGGCGAAGAGACCCAGACCUUCGAGACCGAUCCGUUUUUCUUCUUCCACAUCAUUAACUCUUUUGAGGAAGCCGGUGGACCAUCUGGCGAGGACGAGAUCGUCAACCUCGACGUCGUUUGCUACAAUGAGCCGCCUGUUGGCUUCCCUCUGCGACAGGCGAGAUCUGGUGAUGUCGAGGAUUGGCGAGGUGGUGGUGGAGAGGUCCGACGGUUCGCCAUGAACAUCAGGACAGGAGAGUGCACCUGCACCGGCUGGCCGGACAAUUGCUUCGACGAGCCGAAGAUCAACCCCAAGGUCGAUGGUAUCCGGCACAAGUACAGCUGGGGCGUCAUUGAUGACAACGGCAUGCUUCGCCUGACGAAGCAGGACCACGACAGCCAGGAAGUUUGGAAGUGGGAAGGUCAAGACGUGUCCCGUGAGCUGCCUUGGCAGCCAGUGUUUGUGCCGGAGCCAUACAGCAACGAGGAGGAUGCAGGUGCAAUUCUCAGCUUCGUUCGGGACCAGCCCACCGGUGAUACCUUCUGCGUCGUCCUGGACUCGAAGACCAUGCAGGAGCAGGCUCGCAUCCAUUUUCCUAAAGGUCAUCACGUGCCUCUGCACGGCCACGGGACUUUCAUCUGUGGCGGCGUCUGA